AUGUCCAACAACGAGGCUUCUGAAAAUUCUUCUGACAAUGAAAACGUUUACGAUGACUUACCUCCAUUGCUUGAUCAUGAGGAUGAGCCACCUGAUCUUGUUUCUAGUGGUGGUAGUGAUCAUGAUCAUAACGAUGAUGACGACGAUGAUGAUGAUGAAUGGGUGGACGUUGAUUCCGAUGAUGAAGAAACCGAUAAUGAUGAUGGAACCGAAGGAUGUUGCUGUUGUGGUACAUGUAAUCACGUACUUGGAAGAGAUGGAGAUGUUCAUCGUGUGGAUGGAUCCAUUGCUUAUCCUCCACUUGUUGAUGAUUCUGAUGAUGAUGAAAAUGAGGAUGAUGAUCUUUUUGAUGAAAACACUUCCGAUGAUUCUGAUGAUUUUGAUGAUUCCGAUGAUGAUGAUUAUGGUGGUAGAUUUUUAUAUAUGGGACAAAGAGGAAUUUUUGAAAAUCCCUCUCAUCAUCAUUCUCACAACGAUCUUCAUCCACAUGGUAGACGGCAACGAAGACGAACCAAUGCCAAUGCCGAUACUGAAGGAGUUUCUCAUACCUCGGGCUCACUCAACAAGUGUUGGAAUGAUAUCUCACCACUAGAGAAGUUUAAAUUGGAUACCAUGUACAAACAAUCUCAAGAUUCUUUUAAAUUUACAUCAUCAUCAUCAUCUCCGACGACAAGUAAUCAAGCACCAAAUAAUUUGUCAAAUGCUGCAACAAGUGGUUCAACAUCAACGACCACAACGAGAACAGCUCAGCAACAGCUUAAUGGAACAAAUGCAACAUCAUCAUCCUCGUCGUCCUCAUCCACGUCAGGCCCACUAUUUUCAUCGUCAACAUUUUCAUCUGUAGCAAAUAGUAAUAACAGUGGUACAACAACAACAUCCUCAUUCAAUGUCAGCUCUACUGCUAAUAGUGCAUCAAGCACUACUGCCAACACACCAUUCCGAUUUGACUUUAGCCCUCUUUUUAAUAGUUCAAAUAACAGUACCACCUCCUCAUCCUCGACAGCUUCAAACAAACCAAACACGAAUACCACAAAUAAUUUGUUUUCAUCAUCAACAACAAGUAGUGGUACAUCUUCUGGAAAUACGUUCUUUAAUUUCGGAAUGGGUGCUUCUUCUUCUUCUGGAAAUACAAGAUUCCUUCCUUCACUACCUCCUGAUUUGUUACCCCAACCUGGAGGAAUGGGUGCUAGAUCAGCAAGUAAUGACAGGGAUCGAAAACAAAGUACGUCAGGUAGUACUGACGCUGGUUUCACUUUUGGAAAUUCUUCUUCGCCGUGGUCGUUGCAAGCAUCACGUGACAAUAAUAGCAACGUGCUUCCUACAUUUUCCUUUGGCUCCACAAGCACAGGUUCAAGCUCUACGGCCUCUAACAAUACAUCGUCACCCUUCCAAUUUUCCUUUUCCAGCAAUAACAACAGCAGCACAGAACAACAAUCGAAACAAGUUGAACAAUCUGAAAUUGUUCAACUCUCCUCUUUGACCCUGGAACAAAUAAUGGUUGCUGUGCGCAAGAUUGUCGAUGACGCACAAAAGAAUCCUAUUCAAAUUUUCUCUUCACUUUCUUGCUCAAAUCAGACCUCUCAAUGUAUCACGAAACUCACACAAUUCCUACUGUUGCUGCUAAUAUUGCAAGUUGUUCCUUCCCAUGUCAAAAAGUGA